CUGAGGCCGGCAAGCCGCGGGUGGGCCUGGAAGGAGGUCCGGGAUGGCGAGGAACGCGGACGGCGAGGAUGCGGACUUCGAUGCCUUCCUGGACAAAUUCCGGGGCCCACAGCGCUACGAGGGAGCCCUCAGCCAGGCGAACUGGGAGGAGGAAUUUGACCAGGUCCCAAUGUUCAUGAAGAAAGCCCCUACUGAAAUAGAUCCUAGGCAGAAUCCUGAGUUGGCAUGUCUUCAGUCUAUCAUUUUUGAUGAAGAACAAACUCUUGAAGAACAAGCCAAGACUUAUAAGAAUGAAGGCAAUGAUUAUUUCAAGGAGAAGGAUUAUAAGAAGGCUGUGAUAUCAUAUACAGAAGGACUAAAAAAGAAGUGUAGUGACAUAGAACUGAACACCGUGCUUCAUACGAACAGAGCUGCAGCCCAGUUUCAUUUGGGCAACUAUCGCUCUGCUCUCAAUGAUGCUAUAGCAGCAAGAAAACUAAAACCCAACCACCUCAAAGCAAUUACAAGAGGAGCUCUGUGCCAUUUGGAACUCAAACAUUUUUCUGAAGCCAUGACGUGGUGCGAAGAGGGACUGAGAAUAGAUCCAAAAGAAAAGAAACUUCUGGAAGCUACGACCAAAGCUGACAGGCUGAAGCGUAUGGAAGAGCGGGAUUUCAGAAAAGCAAAAUUUGAGGAGAAGCGGGAACAGUCUCAGAAGGAAGCGUUACUCAAAGCAAUCAAGGAUCGAAAUAUCAAAUUGUCUCCAGCAUUUUCUAAAGAUGACACUGCAGUAACAGCAGGCCUUGCUGAGAUGUCUUUAGAUGGACUAGGCUCAGAAACUGCUGAUGGUGUCAAAGUCUGCCUAGAUGAGAAUGGCAGUCUUACCUGGCCAGUGCUGUUCCUGUAUCCUGAGCAUGGGCAAACUGACUUAAUUGCGGCUUUUCAUGAAGAAUCCAGAUUUAUUGACCAUUUAAUGGUAAUGUUUCAGGAGCCACCUCCUUGGGAUAAAGAAAGAAAAUAUAUUCCUAGUGAACUAGAGCUUUACUAUGAAGAUGAAGAAAGAGGAGAGAUAUACCAGAUCGACACAGAAACCACAUUGUUACAAGCACUGCAGCACCAAAGGUACUUUGUAAAAGCUGGAACUCCCACCUUUUUGGUUUUGGUAAAACUUGCUCCUUUUUCUAAACACUACUUCUCUGGGAAGAAGGUUCACCGACUUAAAUGAAUAAGCACGUACUCUGAAUUUUUCAAAGUCAGCAAGAACAACAUGUAAGAUGACAGCCCUCUUCAAAUUUAGAAUCUGGAAAGACUGGAAGAUUUUGUAUAUAUUUUCCUUUAAUACAAUCAUGAUAAUUAGCAGAGCUUUGUUCUGCUAAUCUCGCAUUUGUAAACUUGAAAAGGAAUGAGAUUAUUUACACAAUUAGCACCAACAUUUUUAUUUAAAUUUCCUCUUGUAUUACACAAUCA